AAGUAAAGUUUGUUGUUCUCGUAACUCGACGUGCAGCGGCACUCAGGUCUCAGCAGUGUCGCUCCGCUGCGCGCCCCGACCGGCCGCCAUGACGCGCUGACCCGUGUUCAACAAACUUGUGACAACUGACAACAAACUUGUGAAACAUGUUGUGCUUUACCUGGAGAUAUGUCUUCGCCAGCACGCUGCUAGCCACGGCGCUUGCGCAGAACACGGAAAGCAGUGGUGAUUUCACACCAGUAGUUAGUGCAACAUGUAAGACUGGUGUUAUGUCGAUCAGGAUCAACUUCAGCCAGCCGUUCAAUGGAGUGACGCAUGCAAGAGAAUUCAGAAAGCCAGCUUGCAUGACGCUGGGUAAUGGAACCGAUUCUGUAAGUUUCGACAUUAACCUCAUGGCUGCGCCAGGUUCACCGGAUUAUUGCGGAAUAUUCUGGAACAAUCGCACAGACGAACGAUCUUUGCCUCUGGCUGUUCGCGUGCACCGAACACUCGAGCUUGCAGACGACAAGUUCUAUGUCAUCACGUGUGGCAAGGCCGGAUUCAGAAACGCGAGAAACGAAACAUCUCUGGUAUCGUUACGAAUGUUGAAUUCCGAAGGACGGAAGGUGUUAAACGCUGCCUUUGGAAUGCCUUAUACUCUCCGCGCAGAAAUAACCAAGUCUGAUGGUGCUCAUGGAAUACGUAUGAGGAAUUGCUUCGCUUUUAAUAUGCGCAACAAUACAGUGUAUCUGUUGGAUAAACGAGGAUGUCCUUUAAAAGAACAAUCAGUGACGGUAAAAAUGGAAAAUGGCGCCGUGGAAUUAGCAAUAGCAUCCAUGUUUCGUUUCUCAGACUCGUCGCAAGUCAACUUUCAAUGUGACAUCGGUAUUUGUAAAGGCAGCUGUCAAGCCACAGAUUGUACGACCGACGGACGGACAGAGCCGGCGGAUGAGGAAGGGUCCGUCACCACCUCGACUGGGAUAUUCGUGCUUGAUCCCAACGACAGUGCCGUUGCAGCUUUGGCAUGCUCAGAGAGCGGUAUCCGGCCGCUUUGGCUCCUAUACUUAGCGAUCGCACUAGGAGUCAUGUUCCUCGUGAUGUUGCUCAUCAAUUGCUUCCUUUGCACUGCCAUGACUUGUUCCUGUGCAAGGACUGAUGUGAUAGAGAAGGAUCCAUCUGUGGUGGAAGACUAUGACCCUUAUCGCAGCUGGCACGGCAGUCAGUACGGCAGCAGGUACCCAUCCUCCACUAUACACUCUGCAAGAUCAGUAUCGGACAACAGCGAUCAUUACGCCAUAGUUCAGUCGAGGCCGGGGAGUCGUCACUCCGGCAUGCAUCGAAAUAGGCAUUGAUUAAUCCCGAUUGAUCGAAUUACUUGGUGACGCUUCAUAUUCAAAAUCGUAUCAAUGUGAAAGAACGUGAUAUAACGAGUAAUGUAUAUAGUACUUUAACAUAAUUGUACACAUCGCUGAGUAUACCUAAUAGUAGAUAAUAUAAGGACUACCCAUAAACGCCAAGAUGUGUUUCGAUUUAUAUUUUAGGAUUAAAGUUAUUUUUGGAUAUUUCUUAAAAUUCAAAUAUUCAAUCAAAUGUUUUAUUAAUAAAACAGAUUAUAUCUUAAAAUGAUAUCCUAAUGAUAGCGUAUCUCGUGCCAUUUUAUAUGUCCAUAUGUAUCAAAGUCGAUUUUGAAUCUGAUGUAGAUUUGAAUUGAAUUAAGUGAGAAUUUUAUUGUUUUAUUUUCAAUUCCUAGAUUUUUUAAUGUAAUAUAGUAUGUUGGGCUAACACCGGUUUUUCAGAAUAUUAGUUAUUCUUGCUUGCUAUUUACUUAACUUAAUAAUUCGGUCGAUCAUCGACAACAUUUUGAAAUCUACAACAUUUCAAUGCCAAGGAACAAUAAUGACUGCCUAACGUACGGAAGAAUGUUGAGAAUCUUAAUUAUAUUACAUAGUUAGUCAUAGUUUAUCAUUGGCCUUGAGUUUUUAAAUGUAAAUCUUCCUCCGGCUUCUGUACUUUCCGUAGUACAUUACAUACCAUUCAUAAUUUCAAUCAAUAACCGUAGAUGAUAUUCAUAUAAUCCGCAAAUUAAUAAAUCCAUUCCAAAUAGAUGUACAGGAAAAACUAUCCGGGCUUACCCCAACAUACUGUUCUCGAAGAUUGCAACGAAUUGAUGCCGUAGUUUAAGAAAUUCGUAAAUACGAGUAGAGCAAUGACGAAUUAAUACGUAGAUAUUUUUAAUACAAUAUAUUAUUAUUAAUGAAAUGGCUCUUUCAUUUGCAAGAA